AUGGUGGUGGGCGCGCACACGGAGUUCCCUCUCUUGGCGGAGCCGACUCAAGUUUCCUAUAAAUCACGCCAUUCCGACCUAAACGUUUCAACUCGCAACGUUCAGCACGCACGAAAGCACUCUAGAGAGAGAAAGUCCGUUAUAGAGAGAGAGAGAGAGAGAGAGAGAGAGAGAGAGAGAGAGAGAGAGAGAGAGAUACGCAAUUCGUUAGUGGGGAAGGAGAUAAUGGCUGCGAUCGAUCACCAGUAUAUUCUGGGAGGAGUAAUUGCUUCUGUUUUGGGAUUCAUUCUCUUGUACAAUUCCUUGCUCUUCUUCUUGUAUGCUAAUUCGAGUAGGAAGAGUACUGGGACGGCGGAAAACAGAGGUUCGAAGGAGGUACAGAGUCAGGGGGUUACCGCCACGACCGCCGCGAACGGCGGUUUCCAGCCGGAGACGGACGGCAGUACCGACGUCAUUAUCGUUGGCGCCGGGGUCGCUGGGGCUGCUCUCGCUUGUACUCUUGCUAAAGAUGGGCGCAGGGUGCACGUGAUAGAGAGAGACUUGACUGAACCAGACAGAAUUGUUGGUGAACUUCUCCAGCCAGGAGGCUAUCUCAAAUUAAUUGAGUUGGGCCUAGAGGAUUGUGUGAAGGAGAUUGAUGCUCAGCGAGUACUCGGAUACGCUCUCUAUAAGGAUGGUAGAGAUGCUAAACUGCCAUACCCACUGGAGAAUUUUCCCUCUGACGUCGCCGGAAGAAGCUUUCACAACGGGCGUUUCAUUCAACGGAUGAGGCAGAAAGCUGCAUCUAUUCCCAAUAUAACCCUGGAACAAGGAACGGUAACAUCUCUACUUGAAGAAAAGGGGACAAUCAAAGGAGUGCAAUACAAGAACAAGAAUGGUCAAGAAUUAGCGGCAUAUGCUCCUCUAACAAUCGUUUGCGACGGUUGUUUUUCAAACUUGAGACGCUCCCUCUGCACUCCCAAGGUGGAUGUGCCCUCUUGUUUUGUUGGCUUGAUCCUUGAAAAUUGCCAACUCCCUUAUGCAAAUCACGGACACGUUAUUCUGGGCGACCCUUCACCUAUCUUGUUCUACCCUAUCAGUAGCACAGAGAUUCGUUGUCUUGUUGAUGUACCCGGCCAAAAGGUGCCUUCCAUUUCCAACGGCGAAAUGACUCAGUAUUUGACGACCGUGGUGGCUCCUCAGGUCCCCCACGAACUGCACGACGCCUUCCUAGCAGCUAUCGAGAAAGGGAACAUAAAGACAAUGUCAAAUAGAAGCAUGCCAGCCAUUCCCCAUCCCACUCCCGGUGCACUUCUGAUGGGAGAUGCUUUCAACAUGCGACAUCCGUUGACUGGCGGAGGCAUGACUGUGGCUCUAUCCGACAUUGUUCUGUUGAGGGAUCUUCUUAGACCUCUACGUGAUUUGGAUGAUUCUGCCGCCUUGUGCAGAUAUCUUGAAACAUUUUACACCCUUCGUAAGCCGGUGGCAUCCACAAUAAACACAUUGGCAGGAGCACUAUACAAGGUCUUCUGCGCAUCACCAGACAAAGCAAGACAAGAAAUGCGAAAAGCAUGUUUCGAUUAUCUUAGCCUCGGUGGUGUUUUUGCACAGGGACCUGUGUCUCUACUCUCUGGUCUCAACCCCCGCCCAUUGAUCCUGGUCCUCCAUUUCUUUGCUGUGGCUGUCUACGGUGUUGGUCGCCUGUUGCUUCCAUUUCCGUCGCCCAAACGAGUGUGGCUUGGAGCUAGAUUGAUUUCGGGUGCAUCUGGUAUCAUCUUUCCCAUUAUAAAGGCUGAGGGAGUGAGGCAAAUGUUCUUCCCUGCAAUGGUUCCAGCAUAUUAUAGAGCCCCCCCUACUAAUUGAGACAAUUUAAAGAGCUCUUUUCAAAAAGGUGAGAAGAAAGAAGGAAUCCAAGACUCUUUUUGUACUUGAUAGAAAGUUGUAAUAUUAGACGUUUUCACUUUUCCCCUUAUUGCAAAAAAUAAAGGGUUUACAUUGGUUGGGAAAGAUAUGCAGUUGAGCAUUGGUUGAUCAUCAAGCUGUGAAUAAACUUCCCCUCUGAACUUGAUUUGUAUGAUACUUCAAAAAAAUAUAGAUCCUUCAUUCUUGUAAAAAGAA